GGGGACCGGGACACGAAAGGCGACACGUCCGCCAUUGGGGGCGCGGGAGUUCAAGCUGAGGGAACGGAUCGGUCCAGUCACAAAACUCUCCGGGCUGGGGAAGUGGCGAAGGUGCAACGUUCCGGAUCCCGGCAGCUGCCGCCUCCUGUGUCUCCACGUCCCUUCCCCUCCUCCUUCCAGCUCCUCUCCGGCAGGGUCACUGAUGGUGAGCUGAAGGAGCGCAGUCCCAGUUCCUCCCGUCCUGCCCUCCCCCAGGCCGGUGUAACUCACUGUCAGGAACUGCCCUGGCACCCACACCACUCCCUGCUCAGAGCCUCAGCUCUGCCUGAUCUAAUGCACUGGCAGGUUCCCCUCCGAACCACGCUGAACAGCAACAGGACAAACUAAUGUUUGAUUGGCACUUCGAUUCUGAUGGUUUGUCAACAUUGAAAACCUGCAGAGUGAUUCUUGUUACCAAUGUUAAUUCCACGUCACAACCCAUCGCCUGGAGCCCUCGGUGCAAGGAGACGGUAUUGAGUCGGGGAUGAUCUACUGGAAGGACCUCACGUUCAAUAUUGGCUUUGCCAGUGGGAAGCAGUAAAGGACGUCAGUUGCAGGAAGGCAUACUGAGGCUUUCAGUCAGUGAAGGGAUGGAGAAGCAUUUCAAUCCCAGUGGGGGUUCGAGCUGGAGAGCCUCUAAGCGGAGAGCAGAUGAUGUUCCAGAGAGUCUACUGAAAGUGAGGCGUGUGGCCCCGGGCAGACCCAGCCCUUCAGACAAGAACACUGGGGACAAAUGUGCACGUGGCCUGCCCGUGCUCCCAGGCCAUUAUGACCUGAGGUUUCCUGACUACAGGCAGCCUGUUGAGAUAGGCUGUUUUUCACUGGACUCCCACCGGCAGCUCUUUAACGACGACAGGCAGCUGAAGUACUGUAGGAUGCCCUCCAACAAGAAGCCGCACUUUGACCUGCGAGACGGAUUCAAAGACCGGUAUAUAAAAAGGAACGACGACAUUAAGGAGAAGCUGGACCACAUCCUGAGGUGGAUUUUACUAAACAAACACAAGUUCCCAACACUGGCUGCAGAGGACGGGUCCCCAGCUGUGACAAAUCAGCUGCACACGGACUUCAUCACAUGGAGAGGGCACCUGACAAAAAUCCUCACCACCCCUUAUGAGAAUAGAGAGGGCUGGUUGAUGGCCGUGAGCCUGUUUAAUGGAACCUAUUACAUGAGUGAGGUGGAGACUGAGGAAGCCAGACGCCAGAGACAGCAGCGGACCGAACAGCAAGAAGAACUGAUGUAUGGAGGAUACAAGUUUGAGCAGUAUUUGUGCGCAGAUAAACCAGAUGGGAGCCCAGACCCAGCCGGGGUGGUAAACACCAAUGAAGCGUUCUGUUGUGUGGUCCGAACACGACUGAACGAUCACUCCCUUGUGUUCUCCGGUGAGGUGGAUUGCAAAGACGGCUCAGACCCAAGGUUAAAGGCCCCACAGUGUUACCUGGAGCUAAAGACCAGCAGAGAGAUCUACAGUGCAAACCAGGAGAGAAACUUCCUUAGAUUUAAACUACUGAAAUGGUGGGCGCAGUCCUUCUUGCCAGGAGUACCUCAGAUAAUCGCAGGUUUUCGGAAUGACAAUGGCACAGUGGUCUCACUUCAGACUUUUGAAACAAUGAAGAUUCAUCAGCUGGUCAAGAACGAGUGGAACUGCUGGAAACCAGCCGUCUGCCUGAACUUCUGCAAUGCGUUCCUGUCCUUUGUGAAGCACGUGGUGACCCAGGACAAUCACCGGAUGGUGACCCUUUUCUCCUGGGAACCUGGUAAAGAUAUUUCGUAUUCAGUACAUUUAGAUGGUGCGUACACCUUCGUCCCUGACUGGUACGUGCGAAGUAUAAUUGGACACACAGAUGCCUCGUGUGCUGUAGGUGAGGAAAAACCCCAACAUCUGACUCACCAUUGAAAGGAACAAUGUGCUGGAUCUGCCACCAAUAUGUAUUUUACACUUCUAUACUUUAAUGUACCCAAUCUGUCAAACAACCUUUGUAACAAUUUACGUACAGCUCCUCCAGCCGUGGAAACCAUGUUUGAGUGUUGUGCGUAGUUUGAAGAUGGCACCGUGCCUUCACAGGACCACUCAGACUUCUCCAAGCUGACAGCCAGCUCAUCCUCCCCUCUCCCUCUACAAACAAUGCUCCAUUUGGUACCUUCAGGACCUCUCCAUAUGGGUACCAUCCAGUGACCUGUACCGAAAGGGCCACUUCAGAGCAGAGCACAUGUAACAUGCGGCACGGAUCGAGAGACAUUCGGACUUCAGGAACUCCUCGAAGAAGGCUACAACAGGUUAAUCCUGCACCCACACACGGUCUGAUACGCCUUGCCUGUGCUUGGAUGUGUUCGGUCCAUGUCACCUUUGCAAAGGCUUUGUGCCUCCUGUAAAUAAAAUGGGAUUGCUGUGGAAUUUCUGUAAAUGGGUGCUUGAUGGCCAGCACAGACCAGGUGGGCCAAAGGGCCUGUCUCCGUGCUGUGUGACUCUGUUUCUGUUUCUCAGUUCUGUGACCUCUUUCCAAACAGAACCAGUAUACAUGUUAUGAACUUGUGCUGUCCAGGGGGGUAGACUUCUACCCACUAAUCCUAUCCCUUGAAGUAAAGAAAAUAUCUCCUGCCUUUAACACUACUUUAUCAGUACAGCAGAGGCUGACGUGUCUCAGCGCAAUUCGCUUAAUUCUCACCCAUCUUAGAAAAUCCCGUGGUUUUACAAGUAACUGGGUCAGAGACAAAAGAACGGGAGCAAGAAAUGACUGAGGUGGUGUGACUUCAAUACA